GCUUGGCUUGAGGCUCCCUUAUCUGCCCCUGCCCCAUGGUCCCUGGCAGCACCAUGAGCCACCAGCUCCUGCCCGUGCUGCUGCUGCUCCUGCUGCUUGGCACCUUGAGCCCGUGGGGUCAGGAGCAGGGGCCUGAGAGUCCCUCAGAGGAGCCUCCAGAGGAGGAGAUCCCCAAGGAGGAUGGGAUCUUGGUGCUGAGCCACCACACCCUGGGCCUGGCCCUGCGGGAGCACCGUGGCCUGCUGGUGGAGUUCUGUGAGUGCUGUGGCCAGUGGGACUGGGGACCGGCAGGGCCCGCUGGGACCCACACCCUUUGCCUGCAAAUGCAAGGCAUGUGGCCAAGAGAGGCCUCCCCUCAGGCACUCACCCCAGGCACUCACCCCCACUGUGCCACAGAGCUCUAGGGAGGGGCCUGGGGUCCGGUUGGGGCAGGCAGGAGCAGUGGGGGUACCCACAGGACAGGAGAGCACCUGGACCUCCCUGCUUUGCCAGUGGGGCCUGCCACAGACUGCAGAGGCCCCAGCCAUGUUCAGGCCUGGAGGUCCCUGAUGUGUGUGUUCUGUGGUCUCUUCACAACCUCUGACACACGUAGGAACUGUUCUCGCCUAGGAGGCCUUCCCAGGCAGCCAGAUGAGCCCAGGAGCCCCGACCUUACAGGACGGGAAAGGGGGAAAGGGAAGGGUCUUUCCAGCUCUCCCAAGCCUUGCUGGUCCCUAUGCCACAGCCUGGGAGACUGGGAGGGGGCGUUGGUGCUUGGCUUGGCCAUGGCCAGGGCUCAGGGCAGAACUGAGGAGUAUGCUUGUUCCCUGCUGGGUUGUCUGGUGGGGACAGGGUGCUGCUGGGGUUGUGGCGGCCUGGGGCACUCACAGACCCGUCCCCCAGAUGCCCCAUGGUGUGGGCACUGCAAGGCCCUGGCCCCCGAGUACAGCAAGGCAGCUGCCCUGCUAGCAGCCGAGUCGAUGGCGGUCACGCUGGCCAAGGUGGACGGGCCCGCGCAGCCGGAGCUGGCCAAGGAGUUUGGUGUGACGGAGUACCCCACGCUCAAGUUCUUCCACCACGGGAACCGCACACACCCAGAGGAGUACACAGGACCCCGGGAAGCCGAGGGCAUCGUGGAGUGGCUACGACGGCGGGUGGGGCCCAGCGCCAGGCAGCUGGAGGAUGAGGAGGGCGCCCAGGCGCUGAUCGAUGCCCGGGACCUGGUGGUCAUCGGCUUCUUCCAGGACUUGCAGGAUGAGGAUGUGGCCACCUUCUUGGCCCUGGCCCGGGACGCCCUGGACAUGACCUUUGGCCUCACGGACCGGCCGCAGCUGUUCCAGCACUUUGGCCUCACCAAGGACACCGUGGUCCUCUUUAAGAAGUUUGAUGAGGGGCGGGCAGACUUCCCAGUGGACGAGGAGCUUGGCCUGGACCUGGGCGAUCUGUCACGCUUCCUGGUCACACACAGCAUGCACCUGGUCACGGAGUUCAACAGUCAGACAUCCCCCAAGAUCUUCGCUGCCAGGAUCCUCAAUCACUUGCUGCUGUUUCUCAACCAGUCACUGGCUGCGCACAGGGAGCUCCUACCAGGCUUUGGGGAGGCCGCUCCCCGCUUCCGGGGGCAGGUGCUGUUCGUGGUGGUGGACGUGGAGGCUGAAAAUGAGCACGUGCUGCAGUACUUCGGCCUCAAGGCUGAGGCAGCCCCCACCCUGCGCCUGGUCAACGUUGAGACCACCAAAAAGUACGCACCCGCGGAUGGGGACCCUGUCACUGCCGCUUCUGUCACUGCCUUCUGCCACGCAGUCCUCAACGGCCAAGUAAAGCCCUAUGUCCUGAGCCAGGAGGUACCCCCCGACUGGGAUCAGCAGCCAGUUAAGACCCUCGUGGGCAAGAAUUUUGAGCAGGUGGCUUUUGAUGAAACCAAGAAUGUGUUUGUCAAGUUCUAUGCCCCCUGGUGCACCCACUGCAAGGAGAUGGCGCCUGCCUGGGAGGCGCUGGCUGAGAAGUACAAAGACCAUGAGGACAUCAUCAUCGCUGAGCUGGAUGCCACAGCCAACGAGCUGGAUGCUUUCACGGUGCACGGCUUCCCUACCCUCAAGUACUUCCCCGCAGGGCCGGGUCGAAAGGUGAUUGAAUACAAAAGCAGCAGGGACCUGGAGACCUUGUCCAAGUUCCUAGACAAUGGGGGUGAGCUGCCCAUGGAGGAGCCCCCAGAGGAGCUGGCAGCCCCGUCCCCGGCGCCACCCACCAACUCCACUGUGGGGUCCAAGGAGGAGCUGUAGUGCCCCGUGUCCCCCACACCACUGCUGGAAGGGAGGCGGCCCCCUCGGGUCCCCCACACCACCGCUGGAAGGGAGGCAGCCCCCUCGGGUGCCGGAGGGAGCCGUGCCCUGUAAAUAAAGAGCUUGGUUCUGGACUGUGUGUGCCUGGUCCCUGAGCAAGGCUGGAUGGUGCAGCUCUGCCCAGCUUGGGGGCUCCCGGGCAGGAAGGUGGAGCACGUGACCAUUUCAGCUCGGCCAGGCUCUGCGCCCCAGGGUGCCCCCCAUGCCCACUGAGGCCAGUGUGACCUCUUACCAGGUGGGCUGAGGCUGGGAGACGCCACCAGGCCCCACCAGCAGCAGUAAACCACAGCCAGAGCAGGUUCAAAAAGUUUUAUUUCAUUAUUAUCCAAGUACCUUUGAAAAGAUAAUUGUCCAAGUGUCAUCGCAUGAAAAACAGGCUCCGGCAGCCCCUGCUGGCCCUGGCCUGAGAAAUGUACAUAUUUACACGGGCCCGAGAAAGGAAGACCCGGGACGGCGCAGCCGGCGGCGGGCGGCAGGCACAGCUCCGUCGCCGAUUCGCACAGUGGCAGGCAAGAGACGAGCUGCGGUGAAGGCACUCGGUGGCGCG